AUGUCGAAUACGCAGGUGUACUUGCUGGACAAAGGUUUGUUUGAUUAUUUGGAUGGAACCAUAGCGCAACCAGAAGAUGCUACUGCAGUUUCAGCGUGGCAGUGUGAGGACAGGAAAGCACUCGCAGCAAUUUGUUUAGCUGUUGAACCUUCGCAGAGAGUCCAUGUGAUGGGGACAGAGACGUCCAAGGCUGCGUGGGACGCAUUGUCAUGUCAGCUUGUCGGAGUUUCUUUGUCACAGAAGUGUAGACUGAGGAAGAGGUUUCACUCACUCAAUUUGGAGAGAGGAGGAGACGUUGUACAGCAUGUCAAUGAUUUGAAGAAUUUGCACGAGGAGUUGCGACAGAUGGGAGAAGAGAUCUCAGACAAAGAUCUAGCGAUGACAUUGAUUGGAAGCUUGCCACACGAUUAUUUCUAG